GCUGGUCCUGUGUUUAGGUCCUCACAGGCAGUGACGUAUUACUGCCAUGAUUACUGCUGGAGAAAAUUCAAAACAUUCAUCUGUUAGAUUUGUUUAGUAUUUCUGUCUUAUUUUCUAAAGAGGCUCAACACAAUGGCAUUGGAAACGGUCCCCAAAGACCUUCGCCAUCUUCGAGCUUGUCUCCUUUGCUCUCUAGUGAAGACCAUUGACCAGUUUGAAUAUGACGGCUGCGACAACUGUGAGUCGUACCUUCAGAUGAAGGGGAACCGAGAGAUGGUUUAUGAAUGCACAAGUUCCUCAUUUGAUGGGGUGAUAGCCAUGAUGAGUCCUGAGGACAGCUGGGUAGCUAAGUGGCAGAGAAUAGGCAACUUCAAGCCAGGUGUAUACGCAGUGUCAGUGACAGGCAGACUACCUCCAGGUGUGGUGAGAGAGCUGAAAAGCAGAGGAGUGAUCUACAAAUCCAGAGAUACAGCAGUGAAGACAUAAACCUUACUGUUUCUAGUUUACAUCAUCUGAUCAGUUACACCAGAACGCUAGCUUCCUGCAGCACGGUGCAACUCCAGGAAGACGUAACAACAACGGGACUAAAUUUGUAUGUUUUAUUUUCCACAUGUCUGUGAUGUCUUGUAGAACUGCCCUCCAACUGUUCACUUUUUGUUUUUUGUUGUGAUUAGAAAUAUUAGCAUGGGUGUAUAUAAGGAGGAAGUUGAUAUUAUUUCUCUUAAGAACUGAGAAAAAUAAAGGUCUUUUUUAAAAAAAAUAA